GGAAGUCGCGUUAAUGAGGCCCGGCAAGUUGGACUGCGGAGCCGCAGCCAACAGUGACUAGUGUCCGUUCCCUGUCGUUGACCCGGGUCCCUCACUGUGGGAGCCGCGCGCUGCAGACCCGGGUGCGGGGGACUCGGCGGGCGCCGCGGGGACCUGGAGACUCCGGAGCCGCAGUGUCCGCGCGGGGCGGGCGGCCUGGGAAAGUCAGCGUCAGCAGCAGCGCAGUGGCGGGAACCGCAGCCCGGCGGCCCUGGAACCUCCCAGACAGUGGUGUGACUGUGGACUCCUCCCAGGAGGAGGGGCAGUGGAUGGACCCUGCUCAGAGGCUGGAUGUUGCAGAAUUACAGCAGUCUGGUUUCUGGGCCAGCAAGCCAUCUAUCAAUUCCCUUGUUCCUGAAAGACAAGCUCAAAGAAGAGAAACAGAAAGAAAUGGCUGCAUCUCCAGGAAAUCUGUCUCAGGUUCUAUUGACAUUCAGGGAUGUGACUGUGGACUUCUCCCAGGAAGAAUGGCAAUGCCUGGACUCUGCUCAGAGGACUUUGUACAUUGAUGUGAUGUUGGAGAAUUACAACAACCUGCUCUAUGUGGAGAACUAUUGCGUAUGUGAUCCUGUCCAUCACCAUGUGAAUAAUGAAAAGGAGUCUCGUUGGUGUCAUGACCUUGGCAAAGUGCUUCAUGACCCCUCCACAUGUGCACUUCAUAGAACAAGUGAAUCUACAGAAAACUCUAAUAACUACACAUGCAAUAAUCACAGGAAUGCCUCUGUUGACUCAUCAAACCCAGACAGACAUGAAAGCAUGCACACUGGAGAAGAACCUUGCAGAUCUAAAGACUGUGAGAACUCUUUAAGUUUGUGUUCCAACAUCACUCAAGACCAGAGAAUCUACACUGCAAAGAAAGAGCACAGGCAGGGAGAAUAUGAUGACUAUUUUACCUCUGCAUAUAGUGUUAUGCAGCAAGCAAUCUACAUUGGAGAGAAACCAUACCAGUGUGAGGAAUGUGGGAAAUAUUUCAGUAAUGCCACAAGCCUCAGUGUACACCAGAGAAUACAUACUGGAAAGAAACCCUACAAGUGCAAUGUUUGUGACAAAUCCUUCACCCAGUGCACAAAUCUUAAAACACAUCAAAGACUUCAUACUGGAGAGAGACCUUACAAAUGCAGAGAAUGUGGAAAGUCAUUUCGUCACUUGUCAGCACUUAAAAGCCAUCAGAAGAUGCACACAGGAGAGAAGCCUUACAAAUGUGAGGAAUGUAACAAAUCCUUUUCCCAGUGCUCAAGUCUUAAAACGCAUCAAAGACUUCAUACUGGGGAGAAACCUUAUAAAUGCAAAGAGUGUGGAAAGUCAUUCCGUCAGUCCUCCGCACUCAAAAGCCAUCAGAAGUUGCAUACAGGAGAGAAGCCUUACAAAUGUAAGGAAUGUAACAGAUCCUUUGCCCACUAUUCUAGCUUUAGGAGACAUCACAGUGUUCAUACUGGAGAGAGACCUUACAGUUGUAAGGAAUGUGACAGAUCUUUCUCUAGGUUCAGUUGUCUCCAAAUACAUAAAAGAACACAUACUGGAGUGAAACCCUAUGAAUGUAAUCAAUGUGGUAAAGCUUUUGCAACUUGUGCUGUGCUUAAAAGACAUAUAAGAACACAUACAGGAGAGAAACCCUAUGAAUGUAAUCAAUGUGGUAAAGGUUUUGCAAGUGGUGGUGAGCUUAAAAGACAUAUAAUAACACAUACAGGAGAGAAACCCUAUGAAUGUAAUCAAUGUGGAAAAGCAUUUUCACAAUACUCUAGACUCCAAAUACAUAAAAGAACACAUACAGGAGAGAAACCCUAUAAAUGUAAUCGAUGUGGUAAAGCUUUUUCACAACGUGGUAAUCUUGUAACUCAUGAAAGAACACACACUGGAGAAAAACGCUAUAAAUGUUGUCAAUGUGGUAAGACCUUUUCAACAGCAGGUAGUCUACAAACACAUAAAAGAAUACAUACUGGAGAGAAGCCCUAUGCAUGUAACCAGUGUGGUAAAACAUUUUCAGAAUGCUCUAGACUCCAAAAACAUAAGAAAACACAUACUGGAGAGAAACCCUAUGAAUGUAACCAGUGUGGUAAAGCUUUUUCACAACAGCCCAAUCUCGCAGCUCAUAAAAGAAGGCAUACUGGAGAGAAACCCUAUGAAUGUCAUCAAUGUGGUAAAGCCUUUGCAUAUCGCCAUUAUCUUCAAGCACAUAAAAGAAUACAUACUGGAGAGAAACCCUAUGAAUGUCAUCAUUGUGGUAAAGCCUUUACCUUUCAAGAAAAUCUCAUAAGGCAUGAAAAACUGCAUACUUGA